AUGGCAAAACAGAUUACAUACUCCGAGGACGCCCGCUCGGCGAUCCUGCGGGGCGUCAACAAGCUCGCCAACGCGGUCAAGGUCACCCUUGGCCCCAAGGGCCGCAACGUGGUCAUCGAAAAGAGCUUCGGCUCGCCGACCAUCACCAAGGACGGCGUCACCGUCGCCAAGGAGAUCGAGCUCGCUGAUCCGCUCGAGAACCUCGGCGCCCAGAUGGUGCGCGAGGUCGCUUCGAAGACCUCCGACAUCGCUGGCGACGGCACCACCACUGCCACCGUGCUGGCCCAGGCGAUCUACCGCGAAGGCUCCAAGAACGUCACCGCGGGCGCUAACCCGAUGGCGCUGAAGCGCGGCAUCGAGUCGGCGGUCAAGGCGGCGGUCAGCUCGAUCAACGACGUGGCCAAGCCGGUGAAGGGCUCCGACAUCGCCCAUGUCGGCUCGAUCUCGGCCAACAAUGAUCCAGAGAUCGGCGGCAUCAUCGCCGAGGCGAUGGAGAAGGUCGGCAAGGACGGCGUCAUCACCGUCGAGGAGGCCAAGGGCCUCGAGACCACCCUCGAAGUGGUCGAGGGCAUGCAGUUCGAUCGCGGCUACCUGUCGCCGUACUUCGUCACCGACCCGGAUCGUCUGGAAGCGGUGCUCGAGAACGUCAAGAUCUUGCUGCACGAGAAGAAGAUCAGCUCGAUGAAAGACCUCCUGCCGGUGCUCGAGCAGGUCGCCAAGCAGGGCCGUCCGUUCCUGAUCCUCUCCGAGGACCUCGAGGGCGAGGCGCUGGCUACCUUAGUGGUCAACAAGCUGCGCGGCACCCUCAACGUGGCCGCGGUCAAGGCGCCGGGCUUCGGCGAUCGCCGCAAGGCAAUGCUCGAAGACAUCGCCAUCCUCACCGGUGGCAAGGUCAUCACCGACGACCUCGGCAUCAAGCUCGAGAACGUCCGUUGGGAAGACCUCGGCAGCGCCAAGAAGGUGGUCAUCAGCAAGGACGACACCACCAUCGUCACCGACUCCGACGAUGAGUCGCGCCGCGACGAGAUCGCUGGCCGGGUCAAGCAGAUCCGCAACCAGAUCGAGGAGACCUCCUCGGAUUACGACCGCGAGAAGCUGCAAGAGCGCUUGGCCAAGCUGGUCGGCGGUGUGGCGGUGAUCCGCGUCGGUGCGGCCACCGAGACCGAAAUGAAAGAGAAGAAGGCCCGGGUCGAGGACGCCAUGCACGCCACCAAGGCGGCGGUCGAGGAGGGCAUCGUCCCAGGCGGCGGCAUCACCCUGUUGCGGGCGGUCAGCGCGAUUCAGGCGCUCGACUCCGAGGGUGACGAGGCUGUUGGCGUGAGGAUCGUCGAGCGGGCGCUCGAAGAGCCGCUACGUCAGAUCGCCAACAACUCCGGUGAAGAGGGCUCGGUGAUCUGCAAGGAGGCCUACGGCAAGAACGGUUCGGUGGGCUUCAACGCCGCCACCGGUCAGUUCGAGGAUCUGCUGAAAGCCGGUGUCAUGGACCCGGCCAAGGUGACCAAGAACGCGUUGCAGAACGCCGCUUCGAUCGCUGGUCUCCUGCUCACCACUGAGGCGAUGGUGACCGAGAUCAAGGAGAAGGACGACGGUGGCCACGACCACGGCGGUGGCGGUGCCCCUCCGGGCAUGGGUGGCAUGGGCGGUAUGGGCGGCAUGAUGUAA